GGCCAAGCGCCGAAGCCGAAUCGCGAGAGAGCUUUGCUCUGUUGGUCUCGCUGUUACUGAGCUGCGGUCAGGACUGAGAGUAGCCCUCGUGCCACAUCUCUGCACCUCACGUAGCCUUGCGGCCACCGCUCGCCACACCCACAGCUGGAGCCCCAAGGCUCGCUCGGUCGCAGCGCGCGCCGCGGCGAACCAAAUUAUCCUAGCUCGACGCCAUCGCAGCGCGAGGCCGGUAACAGACAGCAGCCAUGGCCGCCCUCGCCUUCGAGGACAUCGCCCCGGGCAAGGCGGAGCCGCAGAUCGACGAGGACCUCGAGAACCUGCAACUGGAAGAUCCCGAGCCGGCGCCGCCCUGGGCCUGUAGCUAUUGCGGGCUCGCGGAUCCGGCCUGCGUCGCUAAGUGUGUUGAUACCGGGAAAUGGUUCUGCAACUGGUCCGGAGGGACUUCUGGCUCGCAUUUAGUGCAGCACUUGGUCCGAGGCAAACAUAGGACCGUAUCGUUGCACAAGGACUCCCCAUUGGGUGAUACUGUAUUAGAAUGCUACAACUGCGGGUGUAGGAACGUCUUCGUGAUUGGCUUCGUGCCGGCCAAGGCCGACUCCGUAGUAGUUUUACUGUGUCGCGGCUGCGUCGAGGGCGUUCCUAGUCUCAAGAGUAUGGACUGGGCGUUAGAUGAAUGGCUACCGCUCAUAGCUGAUAGAAGGUUCUUACCGUGGCUGGUGCGAGAGCCGGAGGAGAGGGAUACGAUGCACCUGCGACCGCCGACGGCCUCCCAAAUCAGACGCUUGGAGGACCUGUGGGCCAAGAAGCCCGACGCGGAUUUGAAUGAUUUGGAUUUAGAUGAAGAGGGCCAGGCCGACGUCGAGCCGGUAAGACUCGCCUACGACGACGGCUAUCACUACCAGAACGUGUUAGCACCCCUCGUCAAGCUCGAGGCGGACCACGACAAAGCCCAGGUCGCCCAGAAGUCCAAGGAAGAUGUUUCCGUAAGAUGGGAGCGCGGUCUCAGUAAGAAGCACAUUGCGGUGUUUCGGAUCGACGACCGGUCGUCAGCUUCUUAUGUCGGCAUGUCCGAUGAACAACAUAAAUUACAGGUAGGAGACGAGAUGGGGCUGCGAUUGAAUUCCGGCGGCAUCCGCCAGAGAGGCAAGAAGUGGGAGGCCACGGGGAAGGUCGUGAGGUAUACGGAGGGCGAAGUCGCGUUGGAGAUAAGGGGCGACUGUCCCACCACGAUCGAAGAGGCUUCUUAUAUUGUCGACUUUGUGUGGAAGGGCACGUCGUUUGACCGGAUGCAGGGAGCGCUGAAGACGUUGGCCGUCGAAGACGCUUCCUUGUCUGGCUACUUGUACCAUCGACUGUUAGGCCACGACGUCGAACCUCAAGUGUUGAAAGGUAGCAAAGAACCGGCGAAGGAGGUGCCUGGGCUACCCGCCUUGAAUCCUUCGCAAGCUUCGGCCGUCAGAGCUGUUGUGAGAGAACCGCUAGCUCUGAUCCAGGGACCGCCCGGCACCGGAAAGACCGUCACGAGCGCAGCUAUUGUGUACCACAUGGCCAAGCAGAAGUUGGGACAGGUGCUAGUUGCGGCACCUUCCAACAUCGCGGUGGAUCAAUUAACAGAGAAAAUUCACGCUACCGGAUUGAAGGUAGUACGGUUAGUAGCCAAGUCGAAGGAGAACGAGCCGAGUCACGUGGACCACUUAUCUCUACAUGUGGUGUUGAGACACGUCGACGCCCCGGAGGUCGCUGAAUUAAGAAAGCUCACGAAACUAAAAGAAGAAACGGGCGACCUCACGAUGCAAGAUCUGAAGCGGUUCAAGCGGUUGAAGGCCCAGGCCGAACGGGCCAUUUUGAAGGCCGCAGAGGUCGUCUGCUGCACGUGCGUGGGCGCCGGCGAUCCUCGAUUAGCCGGUAUGAGAUUUAAACAAGUGCUGGUCGACGAGGCGACCCAAGCGACGGAGGCCGAGGCGUUGGUGCCUCUCGUGCUGGGCGCCAAGCAGUUGGUCAUGGUCGGGGACCACCAGCAGUUGGGGCCGGUGGUCACUUGUAGCGACGCGGCCAAGGCCGGCCUAGGUCAAAGUCUUUAUGAGAGACUGAUCGCCCUCGGCUUGCGACCGAUUCGAUUAGAAACGCAGUACCGGUGCCACCCCGCGCUCAGUGAGUUCCCGUCGAACAUGUUCUACGAGGGCCAGCUCCAGAACGGCGUGUCCGCGAACGAGCGGCGGGCCGACUGGCUCGCGGCUCCGGAUCCGAUCCCGGGCGCCGAGCCCGUCGAAGCGAAGGGCGAGCCCUUCCCCUGGCCGAACCGCGACGCGCCGAUGAUGUUUUAUGAUUGUGCGGGGUGUGAAGAGUUGUCGGCGUCGGGGACGUCGUUCUUGAAUCGAUCCGAGGCCGCCGCUAUUGAAAGAGUCGCGACGCAUUUCCUGAAGGCGGGCCUGGAGGCGGACCAAUUGGGCGUGAUCACGCCGUAUGAAGGCCAACGGGCCUACGUGCGCCAUCACCUGGAAUGUUCGGGGUCGUUGCCGGCCUCGGCUUAUGAACACGUGCAAGUGGCGUCCGUGGACGCGUUCCAGGGCCGCGAGAAGGACGUGAUUAUUUUGAGCUGUGUGCGGUCGAACGAGCACCAAGGUAUUGGCUUCUUGAGCGAUCCGCGGCGGCUGAACGUCGCUCUCACACGCGCGAGGUACGGUUUGAUCUUGCUCGGCAACGCGCGCGUGCUGGCCCAGGAUCCGCUGUGGCACGCCCUGCUCACGCACAUGCAGUCGAAGAAUUGCCUCGCCGAGGGCACUCUCGCGAACCUGAAACCGUCGCUGGUGCAGUUGCCGAGACCUAGACGGGGCGGCCGCGCCACGGAGAACCGGCUGCGGCGGACGGCCCUCGGCAAGCCCGAGGGGUACUUCGACCAGGCUCGGGGCGAUUUCAGGGACGACCACUGGGCCGGCGACGUGCGAGAUCCGGACUACGACCGAGAGAAUGUUCCCAGGAGGGAGCGCCGCUCGAACUACGGCGGCGGCGACGGGUUUUACGGCGGCGGCGUGCCGGGGGCCUCGAACUACGACGAUUCGUACGGCUACGGCGGCUUCCAGUCGCAGUCGCAGAGUCAAGCCUUCGGGGGCUCGCAGGGUGGGUACUCGCAAUCCCAAGGCGGCUAUUCGCAGUCGCAGUCGGGCUACGGCUCGCAGCAGGGCUACUCGCAGUCGCAGGACGGGUAUGGGUAUUCGCAGUCCCAGGGCUCGCAGGACAUGCACUACUAGGUGGGGCUUUUGCUUGGUGCUCUUGUUCAUUGGCCGCGCCGGCACGUGUCCGGCGGCGGCCCCCGCGCCGCGUUGCGCUAUGUCUCGCGCGGCGCCCCGUCUCGGCUGGCGCGCGCGAGACCC